AUGUACCCAACCCCGGAACAAUCGGCCAUGUCCCCGGAAGACAUGCGGGUCCUCCGCGAGCUCGCCGGACGGUACGGGUCGGGGAGCGUGGAGAACACUCUCCGUCAUCUUGGCGGCAACAACAACAGUAACCACACGGCGCUUCGGCCGCCGCCCCAACACCACCACCACCACCACCAUCACCACCACCAGCAGCAUCAGCAGCAGCAACAGCAAAUGCAACAGCAAUAUCGAGACACCCCCGAGCGGGAUUCGACCUUCUCCACAUCGACUUUCGGCAGCAACCAGAGCGCGCCGUCCCUGACGAGCUCCGGCCCUUGGAGCAACUCGGACGCCUCCCUCUGCGGUUCGGACGUCGCCUCCCUGGCCGGCAGUUUCGACGGCGGACAGCAACAGAAGCAGCAGUCCCAGGACGCCUGGCAAGGCGACGGCGACAACGACAUCCCCUUCCUCUUCUCGCCGUCGGCGACGCCCUCCCUCUCCGGCACCGAGUGGGAGGACCGCCACAUCAGCGAGCACCUCUCCACCCCGGCCCGCGACAAGACGGCCGCGGCCGCCGUCCGGUCCCCUUCCCGCCGCAAGCCUAUCGAGUGCCCCUUGUGCGCCGUCUACGACGUCCGCGUCGGCUUUGGCCGCAAGAGCGACUUCAAGAAGCACCUCCAGAACUUCCACAACACCGACUGCGUCUGGGCCUGCCCGCAGCGCGGGUGCCGCAUGGUCCUCGACUUCGAAAAGGCUUUCGUAACCCACUACAAGAUCGACCACGGCAUUGUCCACCCGCCGCCCGACCGCGUCAGGGUCGAGCUCUGCGCCCAGGUCGUCUUCGCCUGCGGCUUCCUCGGGUGCAAGGAAGUCUUCGAGGCUGCGGACGACAGCGGCGCAUCCGCCGCCGCCGACAGGUACUUUGACCACCUCGCCGGCCACUUCGACACCCGCAGCACCAGCGGCGGCAGCGGCGGCGCCUCCCCGUCGGCCGAGUGGGCCUAUUACCACCAGAUACAGAACCUCCUGCGCCAGCGCGCCCUCAAGGACGAGUGGAAGCACACCCUCUGGGACAAGACGGCGCGCAACCAGCUGCGGUGGCAGCCGCGGUCGUCGGGCGACCUCAAGAAGCUCCUCGAGUGCCGGCACCUCGCCGACGUGCCCCGCGUGCUCCACGCCGCCUGGACCCUCGGCCAGUCCUCCUUCUCGUCCCCCGAGCACCCGCCGCCCCCCGUGUUCCCCGGCCCCGCAACCCGCCCGCUCCGCCAUCACUGUCCGCUCACCGUCGGCGGCCACAACGAGCUGCACCGCGGCUCCUUCGGCCAGCACCGGUCCGUCCUCCACACCACCCUCGCCACAGUCUCGCACCCGCCGCCCCGCUCCGUCCCCGACGAGCCCGACUCCCUCGCCUACCCCCACCCCGGCACGCCUCUCGCCCUACCCGAGCAUGACCCCUGGUCCACCGACGUCGUCCUCGGCCCCCGUAACGAUGAACUGUUCGACGACGCCGUCUUCUACGCCGAUGGCGGUGGUGGCGCCGCCGGGUCGCCGGAUUCCAUCACACCUUGGGACGACGUCCAGUCGCUGGGCGGCUUGGCGCCGCGCCCGCAGCAGCGGGUGGCGGCGGACGACCGCGAGGCCUUUGGGGCCCUCCUCCAGCUCCCCCAGACCUCCUCAAAGCGGCCCGUCUCCUGGACUCACCGCCUCAAGCGCUUGUCCCGGUCGUCGCCGCCGGUUGAGAACAAGGCGCGCGUCCACCCCGCUUGGAUCUAA